UCUCUUCUUCUUCUCCUUCUCUUCCCCUUGCGACAGGUCUUGUACUUCUUCUUUCCCUUCCUUCUCCCUCGUCCCCUGUCUCUCCCUUUCUUCUUCCCCCUUCUCUUGCGUCUCGGGGACAUCUCGCGAUACCACCCCGUCCGCCUCCUCUUCCGCUCCGUCGCAAUCCAAUCCAUAGAGAAAAAGGACCAUGGACGAGAAGACAGAGAUGGCUCCGGCCUAUGACCACGGCCCGCACAAGGCCGUCGACGUCAAGAACGCUGCCUACGGAGAGGCCGCUGACCUCUACGGCGAUGCUGAGGCCGCCGAGCGCUACGGCUAUGUCGCCAGAGGGCUGAAAUCCCGACACAUCCAGUUCAUCGCUCUCGGUGGAACUAUCGGUACUGGUCUCUUCCUGGGUAUCGGACGAGCGCUCACCCAGGGCGGUCCGCUCUCGCUGCUGAUCGGCUACACCUUUGUCGGUCUCGCGAUCUUCGCCAUGAUGAUGUCUCUCGGUGAGAUGGCGACCUGGCUGCCGCUGCCCGGUGCCAUCCCCCAGUUCUGCGCCAGAUACGUCGACGCCUCUGUCGGUUUCGCCGUCGGAUGGAAUGUAAGUCUCUCUUGUUGCUCUCAUUGCUCUCAAUGGUAUAUAAUGGAGUCACUAAUAACGAGCAGCUGUGGUAUCAAUGCUCCAUCACGCUGUGUGUCGAGAUCUCAGCCGCCGCCGUCAUCAUCCAGUACUGGCCCGGCGCGCAGGACAUCAACGUCGCUGCGUGGAUCGGCCUGGUCAUCGCCAUCAUCGUCUUCCUCAACGUCUGGGCCGUCUCGGUCUACGGCGAGGCUGAGUUCAUCUUCGCCAGCAUCAAGAUCAUCACCAUCGUCGGCCUGCUGCUGCUCGCCCUGAUCAUCGACC